AUGGACGUUCCAGCGGCACCGCGACCACACUCCAACAAUCAGCGCCCAACACAGGCAUACUAUGUGCCUAGAAAGCUGCUCGAGUGUGGUCGCGGCCCGCAAUCAAAACCGACGAAUACUGAAAAAAAUGAAAAGCAAAUACAAAUUUCUGCCCAACAGAAGCAGAAGCCCCGCCCACUUAUGGAAAAAACCAUCACGACUUCUUCUUUCAAGGAGAAGUCUAACCGUCAAAAAUCAAACGCCCCCGUAUCGAAGAAAACGUCUUCUUCGCCUUCAACCACGUCUCCACGAAAAUCUCCACCAGCAAUGACUCCAUAUCAGCCACCAUUACAGUAUCCCUCAUCGCCACGAGACCUUCAUCUAGUUUCGUCGACGCCUUCAUCUCGUUCUUCAUCUUCCAUGAGCUCUUCUGGAAUUGCUCCACAGGUGUCUCCAACGCUUACACUGUCUUCGCCACGUGUUCUUCAUGUAAAAGGAGGUCCUCAGAAGUAUUCCUUGCCACGUCCCAAUGCAUUUGCUCCAAUGAUUGCACAAUCAGAUGAGAAGGAAUGUAUUUGUGACAGAAAGAAAACGCAUGUUGUUUGCAAAAGAUGCGGUUAUGAAUGCGUCGGACGUGUUCAAGUAACUUGCGGACAACAUCCAUUGAUUCUGGCAUUGAAUGAUCUUCGUGAAUGUCCAAACUCAGUUUGCCACAGUGUUCAACUUCUCGAAUGUGACGAAUUCGGAGACGAAGACGUUCAUGACGACAAUGUGGAGCAAUUACUAGCAGAGCCAAUUGAGAAGAUUGAUUUACAAGCCUAA